AAAAAUGUCACAAAGAGCGGAUACAUGACUUACUGUAUGUACUUCCUGACAUCUAAUAAACAAUGAUUUGUUUUUUCUGUCACUAUCCCUCACUGGCAUAAAUAGAUGAACAAAGAUACGUUAAUUAUUGUAAAUAUAAUUUUUCAAGCAAUUAAGUAAAUGAGAAAGUCAUUUAAAUAGACACAUCGCUCUAUCUUGUGAUCGGUUUUUUAAACUCGAUGAUCGUGUGAUAGGUAGAGUCACGUUCCCUGUAAUUCCUUCUGUUUUAUUUGUAAGUAAGACCAAGGACGACCAAGGUGCCUCGUGCGAAAUGUGAAAAAGGUACAAUCAGUACAUGUUCUCAGUAUUCUGCCUCGUCGAGUUUUGGAAUGAAUCCUCAUACUUUUAGCAAUACACAUAAACCAAAAACGUCAUAAUAAUAAUAUACACAUUUUCUGGAGAACUCAUUCUGAAAUAAUAAAACAUUAGAAUUUUGAAAAACCUCAAAGGAAUUUGGAACAUGUAUUUAAAUUGUGUACAGAUAAAGUGAUACCAUAUAACGCAUAAGUAUCCACUCAUUACAUAUUGUUAUAUUUCCAUAAUAACUGGUGAAGUGCAGCCAGGCAUUAGGUCUGGGUUGCAGGCCCUGCACAUGCCCCCUUUUCAAUAUUUCUUAUUUAUGUCUUUGUCUGCCUUGUGUUUUUCUCAACACAAACGCCCAAUGGGGUGAGGAAAUGAAUGGUGGGUGUAUUUUUAGAAGCAGGGAAGGAGGGCACACCAAAAGUAAGCAAGGGAGAGGAGGGGGAGAGAGUGUCGGGGAGGGAAAACAGGGGGAGGGGUGUGUGUCGAAGAUAAAUCUGCAUUCUGCCUCUGGUCAGAGACGGCAGCAGCAGCCGAGUGCGCUCAAGGAGAAGCAUCACCGGCCAACAUCUCAUCUGAUCAGCAAACGGUCGGCUAUAGAGAGAAGGCCCCACAUUGACAUUUGAGGUUGCCGCUGCACAAAAGAAAAUCAAUUUGCCAAGAGCGCCUGCAAACAGCUAUGCGGCCACGAUCAAAACUGCUCUCCAAGGAAGGACUGCUGCUGCCCACAAUCAGCGAGGGCACUGAGGAGACACUGAAAGAUUUGAACGAGGCCAACACGCAACAUGUCGCUGACCACGUCUCUUCGGACGACUACCUCCUCUCCAUCUGCCACCUGGCGCACCCCACAUUCCCCACCGACGACGUUUCGCCAAGCACACACCAGUUGGACGGUGUGCACCAGAGGAUGCGGGCAUCACACCUCACCCACAGACCAAAAAAACACGAGAGGGGCGUGCAGCAGGUAGAGCGCAUUGAUGUAUUAGGCUGCUCAGACCCCCUGGAGUAUCUUUAUGGACAUCGCGACAACCGUUCGACCAGUCAGUCAAGAUCCGGGGCACACCCACAAGGAGUGCAACAUGAGAGUGAGUGGAAGACGCCAGCUCACUCGAGAGCUCACAGCACCCCCCACGCUGCAGGUGCUGGUCUCCCACAGCGACGCAAGAGCAGCGGCCCUGACUUACACACCGACGUUCCGAGCGUCUCCGCAAAACACUGCAGACCCACACUGGUGGGCGAGUUGGGCAGUGUGGCAGACAGCAAAGCACAUGAAGAGGUGGGGAACCCAAACAAGAAGCAGUCUAUGGUCUCGCAGUGGAUCUCUGACUGCAGGUCAGCUUGGAGGGAGGGACGAAUGCGAGCCUGCAUGCUCCCCGCCAUCACUGAGAUAUAGAAACUUCAAAUACAAGAAACAAACUCUUUUAAGCCAUGUUUCCACCAAGCGGUGCACAGUUCACCUCAGAAUGAGUGUCCGCCAGGCGUUAGACAGUUAGAUGUUGAUAGCUGUGUCAACACAUGUACAAGUGAGUCUCAAGUGUUAUCCUUAAAGUUUCAAGAAAGUCUUAAGCUAAUCAAGCAAUUCAAGUCGAGUCCCCACUAAAUUUCAAUCAAGUCAAGUCAUGACUUGGGAGAGGCAGGUCAUACAGUAAGACAACUUGCUCAGUCACAACAUACUGUAUAUUUGCACAAGACACUUUGUGCUCAGUGUGUGUCCUUGCGCUCUCUAGUUAGCUGUAUGAACACAUUCACAAUCACAUUUUUAAUGUUUCCUAAACCAGUCUCCGUAUUGUCUGUUGCUGUAUUUUCGUCUCAAUUAAAAGCAAAACCGACAUGAAGCUUAGUUAAUGUUUGACCAGCAUCUGUUAGCUACACUGUGACGUUAACAUGGCUGACCUGUCUUAGUGGGUUUUAUCAUAACGGAUGAAGUUAGAUGUACUAACUUUCACAAUUACAUUUUCUUUUUUUUGUUUAUUUUUUGAAUAAAGUUUAGCCAAGCAAGUCCUAAAAUUACUAAGCUUACAUGGGUCUUCUCCGAGGACUGUACUUUCUUCCCACAUUCCAAAAACAUGCAUGUUAGGUUCAUUUAAGACUAGAUACGUGCCCUGUGAUCGGCUGGCGGUCCGUCCAAGUUGUACCCAGUCAUCACAAGGACGUGCACUCUAGAAAUGGAUCGAUGAAAUAUAAUGGAACUGAACUGUGCUGCUUGGUAGAAACAGGAUGUGAUGCUGGCAUUAAGAAACGUCUACGCGUGUUUCAGAUAUGUAUCUACAUGGUAAAACGACUUUGUCAUGAUUAUUUAUAUUUAACCAAUGAAUGGCAUUAUUUAAUAUACAAAUGUUGUCCCGUUGAUCACAGAAAAAAAAAAAGUCAGCAAAAUCAUUUUAUACUUUCCACUACCUGUGACGUGUUAAUUCAUAAAUAAAAGAUUUUUAAUACUCUCA